AUGACUUCAUGCCGAGCACUCACUAAAAGCGACACCCCAUGCUCUCGCAAUGCUCUUAAAACCGGAUACUGUGCUCAGCACGACAAGGAUGCUAAGAUUAAAAUGUACCGCAUGGAGCUAUCAAAGAUGCACGAGCGCGUUCGUCGAUAUUUGGAGAUCACUAACGAACUCAACGAUAAGCUCUCGAUCAUCCCAAAAGUUGAUUUCUACAAGUCUGAAUUGAUAAAGAUCGGAGGCCAUGAUAGACCAUACAGAGGAAUCAUGGAUAGCUCGUUCUACAAGGCCGAGAUUGAAGAUUUAUUUGGCAUGAACGCUUCUGCUGCUCAUGAUGAGUAUGAUAGACUGCUUGCGUUACGGAAUCAAUUGGUCCAUCCACAUACACUAGAUGGCAGAAACGGCUCUAGGACGGGGGCUUUGCCCCGCGUCAAAAAUAUGGGUUUGCGAAAACGAUAUCAGCAGUAA